CGUUUGGAAAAGUCGGUUGAGAAGUUAAUUGUCUACAUUACCUCAGGCAAUUAAGGAACAACGAAAAUGGAGUCUAAACUAUACUGUUUUGCCUUGGUGUUUUUAACUAUUACCACAGCAUGUACAGAUGCCCUUGAUUGUUACACGUGUACCAACGCUACCUAUGUGUCCGAAUGCAAAUCUACAACAACUUGUAAUGCAGGAGAAGUAUGCCCUUCAUCAUCCACUAUCUACCUAGUAACGUUAAAUUGAAAAAGUUCAAGUCCUGAAAAGCAUUACCCUUUCGUACAUUUAUCUGAUAUGACUGAGUCAGAUUCUAAGUAUAUAUUUGCUAUAAUGUUUUUCUUUAUACAUCUGGACACUACUUGCCUUUUUAUCAAAGUCAAUAACGUAUCACUAUCCCCUUACAGACGUGAAUCAUUCAUCGUUAAAUGUUCGAGAUUUUUUUUUAAGUUUGUAUAUUUAACUUACUUAUCCAACAAUGAUGUUGACUGAUAUCAUAAUAUAUGUACUGUCAAAAUAGGCAGAUUGUCAAAACGCAUGUAAUUUGGUAAAUAUUUUAAAUAGAUAUCAGUAAUUUUCUGUGAGGAUGACUGAGUUUAACGUUUUCUUUAUUUCAGAUUUGCUUCUCCGAUCACAUUCAGACGCCGCAUAGAAUGUUGUAUUCAUUUGGAUGCCGAGCAGAAGCGGUGCAGAGAAAAUAUUUUUUAAACAUUAAAGAUAAAUAAAAAAGUUUAUUAUUCAACGAAAUUAUUACAAUAUCGUUUUAAACUAACUUGUAUUAGAAUAAUCUGAACAGUUACCUGUACAAAUGACACAAAUGUUAAUGUUGAUAUGCAUGAAUAUUUUGCAGAAAUGUAGUUCGAUAAUACAAGAUGGGAACAGCGCUGGUUCUGGAUCUAUAGUUAGUAGAUCAACAUCGACGGGAACUUGUUCAGAAUGCUGCAAGAACCAACACUGUAACAGACAGCUUUGUCAACACUCAUAAAAAGAGUGUUCUGAUGGUACAGAAGUAAACUGUAAAAGUGUUGGUUCCAUUCUUAAUAUCUGUGCUGAUACCCAACAUGCCAAAUCUGUGUGUGAGAGAUUUUGCGGAUUGUGUGAUUAUGCUGACGGAUCUUGGUCAACGUGGUUGACAUGGUCGCCAUGUGAUGUUACAUGCGGAAAUGGUACUCAGGCCCGGAUACGCAAAUGCACAGAGCCCAGUCCUUCUGGUGGUGGCCAUGACUGUGCAGGAAUGUCACAAGAGGCACAGACUUGUACCGAAGAACCUUGUCCAGUACAUGGGGCAUGGGCAGCCUGGAACACAUGGGGAAGCUGCAGUGCCACGUGUGGUAUUGGUCUACAGAGGAGAGAUAGAUCAUGUUCGACACCAUAUCCGGGACCCAAUGGCAAUCAUUGUUUCGGGGACUCAAGAGACGAUCAAAUAUGUUUAGCUAAUACCUAUCAUGACGGUGACUGGUCCUCCUGGCAAGCUUGGGGCACUUGCAGCAGAACGUGUGGAGAUGGUAUACGGUCAAGGUCAAGGUCAUGUGACAACCCGUUACCAUCUAUACAAGGGAAGUACUGCCAAGGGGAGCCUUAUCAAGUAGAGACGUGUAACAUGCAAUCAUGUCCAGUAACAAAUGGAGGAUGGGGUUCCUGGACAUCAUGGACAAGUUGUACCGCCAGCUGUAACGGAGGAAUGCAAUCACGUCAACGUAUUUGUAAUAAUCCGAAACCUUCCGCUGACGGAGAUUUCUGUGACGGAAAUGCAAUGAAUGUACGGAUGUGUAACCAACAGCACUGUCCAAUAACUAAUGGAGGUUGGGGUUCCUGGACAUCAUGGACAAGUUGUUCUGUCAGCUGUAAUGGAGGAAUGCAAUCACGUCAACGGCAUUGUAACAAUCCGAAACCAUCCUUCGGUGGAAAUUUCUGUGACGGAAUUGCAUCUGAUGUACGAAUGUGUUACCAACAACAUUGUCCGAGAACAAAGGCAGCUUUCCUGGCUGAAUAUGCGACUAGGCUGAGUAAUGGAUCAGUAAGAUUUUCUUACCUUCCCCUAAACGAGGGUUCCUUAUACGACUCUUCGUCAGGAAUGUUUACAUGUCACAUUCCUGGCGUGUAUUCUUUUACCGCAAAUAUAAUUGAAAGCGGUGAUGGUAAUAAUUACAUAGAUUGUCGUAUUAGAAAGAAUGGUUCCAUUCACAUCUAUAUGUUUUCCCGACAGGGUAAAAUAGACGGUAAGUUUGCAACAGAAGGCUAUGGAACAGCCACAGGAGCAGCUACGUUACAUCUCGUGAGAGGAGAUCAGGUAGAUGUCUACUGUUACGGUGACACUGGAACUCACCUUUCCUACUCCUCAUUUAGUGGUUUUCUUAUCACUGCUGAUCCUUGACUAUAAUAUAUUAUUUGAUAAUUUGUACAUAUAGAACAACACUGUCGUGUUUAUCAUUAGUUUGAUAAUUAUAUACGUUUCAUUCAAUGACUCGUGUAAAAGCGCCCUUUACAUACGAACAGCUAUUAACCUUUAUCCUGCUAAAUUUCUAAAAUGAACUGGUCCGUCAUUUAAUUUAGGCAGUGCCAUUUAUUUUUGAAGGGGUGUUCAAUGAAAUUUUACUGACUGUAUAGCGAACAGAUCAAGAUCUGCACUGUUUGCCAUUCAAGUCAGUGUUCUUUAGUAAACACCCCUUUUAACAGUUAAUGGUACUGACUAAAUAGAUAGAUGGACACGUUCAUUAUAGAAAUUUAGCAGGGUAAUGGUUAAGAGUAGGGAGGUUUACAUCAUAUUUUACCAGAAAAUGGUUUUAAGUACCAUGUAAAACGCUCUUUUACAUAUAACGAUAUUUUGGUUUUGUUAUCAUCUUCUUCUUACAAAACGUUUUUCCGUAGUUUGUAAAUUGCAGACAUGUGACUUUUCGAAAAUAGGUAGAAGCCGUAAAAUUGAUAAACCUAUAUGAUGCCAAAGUUUGAUUUUGUUGAUUUUUGUAAAUGUCACCAACAACGCAAGCUUAUGUUAAAAAUAAAAAAAAAGUUCAUUUACUAAAUUUAAGGCAGUGGCAAAACGACAAAAAUUCGGAUUGUUUGUUUAGUUCAGUAUAUCAAACUAACAUAUGAGCACCUUGCGAAUUCAGAAAAGGCACUGACCUCUAGAUUUUGAGAAAAAUGUAUUUAAAAUUGAAGUUUGGACAUAUCAAGGGUUUUCAUUACUACACUAUCUUUGUUUUAAUAUGUACAAAAUGCAGCGCACUAACAACCCGUUAUAUUGCUAAGAGAUAUAGAAGAAAUCCUAGUAUAUGGAAAUUUAUUGAACUAAUGAAUUCAAUGCAUAGAAAAACUUUAAACAAUUUAGCAGUCUAUAUAAAAUUCUCUAAAGAUACGAUCAGCUACUGUUAUAUAAUAUAUAAUAUAUUGUGAUUUUGUGAUAGAAAUGGACUUACUAUUCGUUACUAUAACGUGCAUUAUAUAUGUUGGUACCUCUAUAAAAAUGCUUUAUGGAGAUGUGUUAUGCUAUAUUAUGUUCAUCCUCAAUACUAUACUUAAUCAUAGUAUACCUUUAAAUCGUUAUAUAAUAUUAUGUAUAGAUGUUUUGACCUUGUAUUACACUGUAACAGAUGUGUGGCCAAGGAAUCAUAAUGGCUGAAGUCCUUAAUUUAUUAUAUAGACUAUUCUUCUUUUUCUAAAAAAAUGUCAAAUCAAGAAAAAACAAACAUGUCCUAGUCGGGAAUCGAACCGGAACCGCCGCUGCAAUAAAAGUUUUCCUGCGUUCUUCACCAAUACACCACGGAGGAACAUGCAUUUAACAGUUGUUAAAUAUUAUUAGGUUAUUUAACAUUGUUCUGUACAAUACGGAGAUAUAUUUGGACGAGAACCAGCUGAGAAAACUAUAUUUGGACGAGUCGCUGGACGAGUCCAAUAUUGUUUUCCCAGUUGGGUACGAGUCCAAAUAUAUCUCUUAUUGUACAGAACAAUGUUAAAUAACAUUUUUAUUCUAUAUCUAUUUUGUUUUGGUUUAAAUUAUAAAUGAUUAACUGAAUAUUGUAUUUCUGCCUUUUCUGUAUUUCCCCAGCUUGGUGUGAGUGCAAAUAGGUAUUAUACAGAACAAUGUUAGGCCCUAAAUAACCUUUUAUUCUAUAUUUAUUUUAAUUCGUUUAGGUAUGACGGUAUUAAAAACAUAUCUUCUUUGAAUCAUAUUAAAUUGUCAAAGUUC